GUCACCACCAUGCGCCACCAACAACCGUCUAGGUGACCAUGGGCCCCGUCGCCGCCCAAACAACCUGAACACGGUCGCCAGUCAGCAAGCAUCGGGUCCAGCAAGGGGUCAACAGGACUCGAGUCACUUGGUUCUGCUGUGCAUCGAGCUGGCCUGCAUUGCCUCUGGCCCACGUGUCUCGGAAGACGUCAACUGAUUUAUGCAAGAGGGUGCAAGUGUGGCAUCAAACACGCAGCCACCAAGGCACUGACACAUCCAUCCAUCAGCAGCCAAACGGGGCGCGGCACUCGGCACUCGACCCUCGACCCCCGACAUUGACGCUCGACAUUGACACUCGACCACCCGUGCCGAGGCUGUGCUAGCACACUUUCCACACCCCCCACAGCCCUCAGAUAAGCCUCUUGUCAGGCAGACAGCUCGGCAAGGUGGCUCUCUUCAGGCCCUUCCGACGCUUGUUCGGCCAGCCCCGUCCGAACCAACGCCAGACCCUGCUGCGCUUCCUCUCCCCCGUCGCCGUCCGCCAGAAAUACCGUGAGCGCAUCCUCGACUUCCGCCUCGACACCCUCCCCUACUAUAAGCACCGCCUGCAGUCGCGCAUCUAUCGCUACAUCCUCGCUCGCCAACAGCGCCGCCUCUCCAGCACCCGCUGGGUCGACCAUAUCAACAGGGCUGCCCAGCGCAGUCGCCGCUUGCUCCUCGGGCCACGCCCUGCUGCCGCGCGCCCCGCCCUUCCCCAGCACCGAAAGCACCUGCCCGUGCGUGGGGAUGCGCCCGCCAGGACAGUAGGCCCAGCUGACAGGUCCAGGCCCGCCAACAUGGCCCAGUCGGGCAGCGGUGGGAGCAGCUAUGGCUACGGCUACGGCUACGGCUACGGUGACAGUGACCCCGGCCAGUCCUCCGACAGGGAGCCCGGCGCCCGCCGCAAGAAGCUUGCCGGCUUUGCCAAGAGUGUCUACCAGGCCGGCGUGGCCACCGCCUCCGAGAUCCGCAACCAGUACGACAACACCAGGAUACGCGGCGUCGUCGACGUCGACGACUCCUCCUACAAGGUCUCCAUCCCCGGCUCCUUCCCCGACGUCUCAAUCGUCAGCAAGGGGGACGAGCAGAUGGUCCUGUUCCCCUCCUACGCCGCCAGGCAUGUGAGGCGCUUCACCGACGACGACAGGCAGGCAUCCGCCCAUGUCGAGGGCGAGCGCAGGGACGCCGACCUCAGCGACGAGGACUACUGGCGCAACGAGUGGGCCAGGAUGGAGGACAAGAAGGCUGUGGUCGAUGUCGACGUGCGCGGGUGGGUCUAUGCGCCGCACAAGGGCCCAAUGACAAGGAAGAACAGGGUCCUCAUCGGCCUGGCAAGGAGACUGAGCGGCGUGCCGCAGCAGACCCACCAGCCAUCUGGCCAGUCCGACUCCCUCAGGACCGGCCAUGAGGCACGUGAGGAUGCCAGGGAGCAGCAGAAGAUCGAUAAGGAGGCCGAGAUGAUCGAGCGCCGCGGCCAGGCUGAGAAGGAGGCCGCCGUCAAGGGGGGCUACAGCGAGACGCCCAGGGACGAGGACUCGGAAGGCGAAGGCCCAGCACCCUCGCUUCGGAGUCGGAGCGCGAGCGGAAGUGCCACGCCCAUGUCUGAAUCCUCGUCUCCGAGGCUCUCUGCGCGGCCUUAUGCCAACAACACCGGCGCCCCUGUGGAGCUGACAGAGGCCGAGCUGGCCGUGGCCAACGCCAACCUGAUGGCCCGCCUCGGCCCGUUCCUGACCACACCGCUCGUCGAGCUCCCCGUGACGCUGUUCUUCUACAACGACGACCAAUCCGUGUCCAGGACGGUCAUGACCAACGACGCCGGCCACUUCUAUAUCAGGGCGGCCCUGGACUUCGUCCCCACCCACGUCCGUGUGCUGGCCAACGAGAAGCUGUCGGCAGUCGAACCCGUCGAUAUCAUCAGCGACAAUGGAGUCAGCGUCAUCAGUGAUAUCGACGACACCAUCAAAAAGUCCAGCAUCUCCAUGGGUGCCAGGGAGAUCUUCCGAAACACCUUCAUCCGCGACCUCAAAGACCUCACCGUCGCCGGUGUCAAGGAGUGGUACGGCGAACUCCACAAGAUGGGCGUCCAGUUCCACUACUGCUCCAACAGCCCCUGGCAGCUCUUCCCCGUCAUUGCCACCUUCUUCGGCCUCGCCGGCCUUCCGCCGGGGUCGCUCCACUUGAAGCAGUACAGCGGCAUGUUGCAAGGUAUCUUCGAGCCUGUGGCUGAGAGGAAGAAGGGAACAUUGGACAAGAUCCUCCGCGACUUCCCACGGCGGAGAUUCAUUCUCGUCGGGGACAGCGGCGAGGCUGAUCUGGAAGUGUACACUGAUCUGGCGCUCGCGAACCCGGGCCGGAUCCUUGCCAUCUUCAUACGCGACGUCACAACUCCAGAGCAGGCCGGAUACUUCGAUUCUGCUUUCAGCACUCCUCCCCCGGCAGCCCCGCCAAGUAGACAAAGAGCCACCGAUGCACAGACACACUCGAGGAAGGAUUCUGGGAGCGACCACCCUGACCGGAGGCCGGCCCUGCCAUCGCGAGCUACUGCUCCACCUGCAAGACAAGAAGCGCCCGACGAAGACUUGAUCGACUUGUCGGAGGAGCCUCAAAAUAUGAGUGCGAAGGAGGAGAGAAUCUUGGAGAAGUCAUGGGCAACCCCCUUGCCGUCAACCGCCGCGCAGGAUCAGGCACCGCGGAAGAAACCCCCUCCUCCGAGACCCAGCAAGCCCGCUGCACUCAGGGGCGGUUCCUCGGCGUCGCUGAAGACUGAAGCGCCCAGCGGUGGGGGCGGAACACCCACGCUGGGCAAGAACCUACAUCCCUCCCAGUACAAGGGUGCAGCCGCGCACCCCCUAGCACAGACACAGAAUUCAUCGACUCAGAGCUUGGGCAAGAGUCCGACCCUCCCUCCCCGGAAACCAAGCAAUGGAAACAAUAGUAAUGCCGGCUCUAUGAGGUCCAACACCGAUUCCCCCAACGCACCGUCCCCUUCCGCUUCCCACUCUGCGUCAUCCAGCAAGCAACCUCCGCCGCCGCCGCCGCCGCGUCGCCGCGGUACACCUUCCCUGGCCAAUGCCAGCCCUGGUCAACAUGUGUUGAGGCGCGCGACGUCCAACUCGGACAUCGACAGCCUGAACCUGGAUUCGUCAGCCCCCAUGUCGACACCCAGGCCUGGACCCCCCAAUCGGACAGGGACCGCUUCCACUUUCGACUCCAUCCUGGGGUCAACCACGGGGCAUACCAUGCAACAAGGCGGCCAGAAUCUGCCGGUAAACAAGAAGCUAGAGUUGUGGCUGCGGAGGCUGGAAAGAGCUCACGAGGCUUUGGAGCGGGAGGGCGUGAGACUGUACACCUGGCGCAGGGGGGAGGAUGUCGUAUCAGAGGCGGUGGGGAUCGUCAAGGAAGCCACCAAGCACAGUACUAGUAGAGGCACGGAUAAUACCCAGAGGUAGAUGAGAGCCCUGUUUUUCCUUUCCAUAUGACGCCCAGCUUCUGUAAGUGGAUUCUACGCGCAAGACUUGCGGCAUGAGCACGGCGUUGGCAAGGGUGACAACACAGGCAGGGAUACCACGCAGGAUUACCAUCUUUAUAUAAUAUCGUCAAAGUAUACGCGACCUGAAUUACUACAAGGUGUUUUGUAUCA